AUUAAAGUUUAUUGCAUAGAUAAAGUUGUGAAUAGCUAGUUGGCUUUUAUUUAAAAUUGAAAAAUUUUACUAAAUACGAUUUAACAUAAUUUCUUUGUGAUCUAAAAUCAGAUUAGGAGUGAACAAGAAUAAGAAAAAAAUUGAAUAUUAGAAAUAUCUAAAGAUUAAAGGUCACUUAAUAUAAUAAUAUAAUGUCGGCGUCCGAUGAUUUAGAGAGUUUAGAUGACAAAACUUUAAGAGCAAAAUGUAUUGAAUAUGGUUUACCCAAUGUUCCGAUUACAGUAACAAGCAAAAAGAUAUUAAUUAAAAAGUUAAGAGCAGCAAUGGAUGGUGGUGCUAAUACUGCUGGUAAAGGAAAUAAGGCUCGGCGGGAAACAAUGCAUGUGACAUCUACAACCACGAUAAAUGUGGAGGAAACAAAACCAUCAAGAACUAGUAAUCGACGUACUACAAUUGGUGCGGUUCGCAAAGAAAAAGAUCAAAAUAUAAAAGAAACUGCUCCAGUAGAAAAACGCAGAGCUAGUAGAACUACUCCAGUACAAGAAACUUCAAUUCCAAUGUCCUUACCAAGAAAAACUGCUCCUAUUAUUACUGAGGAAACCGAUUUUGAUGAUGAAUUUGUAUUAAUUGAUGACGAUAUCAAGGAACCAGUAGUUACUAAUAUACCAAUCCGUAAGUCACGUUCGCCAUCGUUAUCAAAAAGUGCUGUAGUUACAACUUCAUAUAAAAAGGAUACAGCAAACAAAGAGCAAAAAAUAAUUGAAGAAGAAGAAACUGAGGAGGAAGGUUAUGUUGAAAAACGAAAGGAGUACAAUUUGUCUAAGCAAUUUAUGCCGAACAGGGACAGAGAUACUCCUACUUUAUCUAUUCCUCGUUAUAAUUUUCCGUCUACUUUUCGGGUCUCAGCUGAAAAAGACAAUAUAUAUCCAACUGGUUAUAAGCCACUGUAUCCAAGCCUUAACACAGUUGAUAACUCAAGUAGUUCAAAAACUACAUAUGAAAGUGCAUCAACUAUAACAAAAAGAACAUAUACACCUGUUAGCCUACCAUCAGCUUCAUCAUCGAGAAGAUCUGUAGAUUUGGACAUUAACACAAACCUUAAAAAGUCUAAUUAUGUGGAAGUUGAAAAUAGCGAUAGUAACUUUGAUGAAGAAGAAGAAGAAGAUGAAAUUGUUCAACAAGCGCCAUAUUUGAGUGAUUUUGCAAAAAGAUUAUCAAACUUAAAAGCAGAAAAAUUGGACAUUGGAAUUAAUAAAAAGGACUUUUUGAGUCCAAACGAUAACUAUUCCAGAACUAUAGGCCGACGCACAUAUACAAGGAGCUCUUCGCAAAAUGGAGUUGGUGAUUCAUUCCGUCAACUAUGGAUUGUUCUUGACCGAAAAUACAGAAUUAAAAGAUUUUUAUUCAUUGUCAUGUUACUAUCCGCAAUAAUUUUGGUUGCAUAUUAUUUUUAUUUUAAAAAUUAAUAUUUCUUACUUUCAAAACUAGUGUAGUAUAACUCGAAAUUUAACAAUAUAAUAGCUGUAAUAUUACUUUUAUCUCGUAUGUGCCCGUCUUAUUUGUGCUUUGAGUUUUUUUAAUUUUUCACCUGGUUUUCAAAUUUUGUUUAUAUAUGUAGCAUUUUUUAUACUUAACUCUGGAUAAAAGCGUUUAUAUCUAAUAAAGUAUA